AUGAAGAAAACCCAACUGAGUUUUCUCGCCCUUUCUCUUGAAGGAGGAGGAGGAGGAGUCUUCUUCAUAAGUAAAUCACAUAGUUUUGUAAAAGUUACAUUAAUACUCUCAGAUUGAUCUCUGCUUCAUAUAUACAGACUUCCCCUGCUUGGGCUCGAGGAAAAGAAAAAUAAAAGAAGAAGAAGAAGAAGAAAUUAUUGUUACUACUAUCAUAAGUUAAUGGAUCUCCAUCUGCGACGAGGAGGAGGGUUCUUGAGAUGGUCAGUGAUGAUGAUCGUCUUCAUGUUUAUCCUUGCAGACAAUAAGCCCAACAAGGUUGUGGCUUCGAGCCGUCGCACCUCCUUCACCCUGCUUGGCUCUGCACCAUCUCCUUCUCCUCAUUCUCCAUCUCCAUCUCCAUCUCCUUCUCCUCCUCCAACGGGGAUGUGCGAGUCUUCUGUGAUCAUAUGGGGUUACCAAUGCCAGGAGUUCUACGUGACAACAGAAGAUGGGUAUGUGAUUAACAUGCAAAGAAUCUCAACAUCAGGGGGUGGACGUUCUUCAGGAGGAGGUGGUGGAAAGGUCAAUAAACAACCAGUCUUACUGCAACACGGUAUACUCGUGGAUGGGAUGAUAUGGCUCCUGAGUACUCACCAGUCCCUGGGAUUUAUCUUAGCAGAUAGUGGCUUUGAUGUAUGGAUUGUCAACACCAGAGGGACUAGAUAUAGCCGUGGACAUGUUAAUCUCAAUGCAUCCCAACUUGAAUAUUGGAAUUGGUCUUGGGACGAGCUUGUUCAGUACGAUCACCCUGCUAUAUUUGAGUUUGUGUACAAUCAAACAAGGCAGAAGCUCCAUUACGUGGGCCAUUCCUUGGGGACGACGGUGGCUUUGGCAGCAUUUUCAGAAGGGAAGUCAGUUGACAAGUUGAGAUCCGCUGCUUUGCUUAGUCCUGUUGCUUACAUAAGCCAUAUCUCACAGAUAGCCAUUAUUGGAGCCAAAUCUUUCUUAUGUGAGAUAGCUAUGGUGAUGGGUGUUGUAGAGUUUAAUCUCAAAGAGGAUGAUGUUGCCAACUUUAUCAAUUCACUUUGUGUGGAUCUUCGGCUUGACUGCUAUGAAUUAAUUUCCGAGAUCUCAGGCAAUAAUUACCGUUUCAAUGACUCUACACUUGAUCUCUUCUGGAAGGAUGAGCCUCAGGCUACCUCCACCAAGACCAUGGUUCAUCUGACUCAAAAUGUGAGAGAUGGGACCUUCUCAAAGUUCAAUUAUGGGAGCCAAGAGAUGAAUAUAGAGCAUUACGGGCAAGAGAAGCCACCCAUCUAUAACCUCUCAAACAUUCCCAGAAAUCUUCCUUUGUUCCUUGGUUAUGGAGGACAGGAUAACCUUGCAGACCUUGUAGACGUAAAGAAGUUGCUAGAGAAGCUUAAGCUCCACAAAAUAGAAGACCUCACCACUUUGUUCAUCAAUGGUUAUGCACACAAUGAUUUUCCCAUGGGAUCCAACGCCAAGGAUAAGGUUUACGAUCCCCUCAUCUCCUUCUUCGGACGUCACUGAAGGGUUCAUCUGCAAGAUUUCACAAGAAAAACCUAUCACUUUGCUAAAUUAUUACUACUACUACUAUUAAUAAUCCAUCAAUAUGAAUAAUGGGAGUAUCGUCUAAAUGACACCUUCGUAUGUGUAUUUCAAGCUUGACACCUUAUUUUAGUUACCCUUCAUCGAA